UUUAAUUUGACAGAUCAUCGCGAAUCACGACAAUUUAGUAGUUUUUUUAACUCUCUUAUCAACAAAGGGAAGUAGAGGCAUUUUGCCAAAAAAUAAAUUGUAACUGCUUGCAGCUUACAUUUUAUCUCGGAAAUAUCUUUGAUAUCAACAAAACCGUAAUAAUGGCAGCGCCAAUCAAAGUGGUGAUCACGGGGGCGGCGGGCCAGAUCGCGUACUCGCUGGUGUACCAGGUGGCGUCGGGCGCCGUGUUCGGGCCCGCGCAGCCCGUGGUGCUGCACCUGCUGGACAUCGCGCCCAUGAUGGGCGUGCUCGAGGGCGUGGUGAUGGAGCUGGCGGACUGCGCGCUGCCGCUGCUGGCCGGUGUGGUCCCCACCGCCAACCCCGAGGAGGCCUUCCGCGACGUCGCCGCCGCCUUCCUCGUCGGCGCCAUGCCCCGCAAGGAGGGCAUGGAGCGCAAGGACCUGCUCUCCGCCAACGUCCGCAUCUUCAAGGAACAAGGACAGGCCCUCGACAAGGUCGCGCGCAAGGACGUCCGCGUCCUCGUCGUCGGAAACCCAGCUAACACCAACGCACUCAUCUGCUCCAAAUACGCCCCCUCCAUCCCCAAGGAGAACUUCACUGCCAUGACCAGGCUCGACCAGAACCGAGCACAGUCUCAGCUUGCAGCCAAGCUGGGAGUGCCCGUACAGGAUGUCAAGAAUGUCAUCAUCUGGGGCAACCACUCCUCCACUCAGUUCCCGGAUGCCAGCAACGCUAUUGUCAAAAUUGGUGGAGCUGACAAACCUGUCCCUGCAGCUAUCAACGAUGAUGCCUACUUGAAGUCUACAUUUGUCUCAACAGUACAGAAGCGUGGAGCGGCUGUCAUUGCCGCCAGGAAGAUGUCCUCAGCUCUAUCCGCUGCUAAGGCUGCAUCAGACCACAUGAGGGAUUGGUUCCUGGGUACCGGAGACCGCUGGGUAAGCAUGGGAGUUGUAUCAGAUGGAUCAUACGGCACACCUAAGGAUAUUGUAUUCUCAUUCCCUGUGACUGUCAGCAAUGGCAAGUGGAAGAUCGUGGAGGGUCUGACCAUCUCGGACUUUGCCCGCCAACAGCUUGACAUCACUGGCAAGGAGUUGGCUGAAGAGAAGCAGGACGCUUUAGACGUCUGCAAAGAUUGACUGAGUAAAGUAUGAGGAGAAAUAUCACAUAAAUCGUUAUUGUUAUAAGUAUAAUAAGUAAAAAUGCGUUUACUUUGUUAUUAGUGUGCAAGUGUCGGCAAUAAAAUUGAUAUUUUUAUUUAUUUA